AUGACCAUAGUGUCUAAUACAAUGCGAGAGUUUGCGUUAGUUGUCUUCUGGGCUCUAUCCUUCUGCAGAGGUUUGGAGCGUGAAUCUUCAAAACCAUUUAUUAGAUCUUUGGAGGAAACAUCAACAGCCAGAGGCAGAGGGUUUUGCAGCACUUGGGGAAAUGGAGCUUUCAGGACUUUUGAUAACACGUUUUACCAUUUUACGUCAACCUGCAACUACGUCCUGAGUCGCCAGUGCAAGGGUGGCACAGAAGAUUUUAACAUCCAAAUCCGCCGAGGGUCAGAUGGUAAUUUGGAUCAUGUAUUCAUCCAGAUAGAAGGUGUCAAGGUUCUUAUAGUGAAUGGGACAAUCUCCGUACAAGAUGUAUUAGUAAGUCUGCCACAUAACAACAAAGUCAUUAGCAUCCAUAAACAUGGAGUUAACACCAGACUUUCAAACAGGAAGCAUACUAUUUCAGUGAACUGGAAUGGCAAUGAUGCAUUAUGGGUAAAUCUUGAUGAUAACUAUCAAGGACAAUUGUGUGGCCUUUGUGGGGAAUUUGACAAAAACAGCUCUGUUUAUGAUUCAACAUUUUUUGACGCAAAUAAACUGGAUGUUCUGGGCCACACAUGCUACAGCAGCCCACCUUCGGAGUCACCAUGUAAUGCAAGCUCUAAAUGUCAACCAAUUACAUCACUCUUCCUUUCAUAUCCUGAGAACUAUUUGAUCAACUACUUAAAGAUGUGUCAGGCAGAUGUCUGCAGCUGUAAACAACCAAGGUCUGAAUGUGCUUCUUUUGAAGAAGUGGCCCGUCAGUGCAGUAAAGGGAAGGACGAGAAGUGGAAAACCUGGAGGAAAGAGACAAGCUGCACACAGCCCACAUGCCCAAGAAAUCAGAUUUAUAAGGAGUGUGGUUCUGCCUAUAUUCCAACCUGUACUGAUCCAAAUCCUCAACAGCAAUGUGAUCAGUGUGUGAGCACAUGUGUCUGUCCAGAAGGCCAUCUGCUUGAUAACAUAAGAGGCACUAACAGAUGCAUCAACAAAAAUGAAUGUCCUUGUGAAUACAGCGGGCAGUUUUAUCAAUCGGGAGACAUCAGGAACACAACUUGCCAGUCAUGUAUUUGCAAAAGUGGAAGCUGGUCAUGUUCUUAUCGUAGCUGUCCUGGCACAUGCGCAAUUGAAGAAGCAACUUACUUCACAACAUUUGACAACAGUUACUACAGUAUAACUGGAGAUUGUUCAUACUAUGCUGUGGUUACAGACAACUGGACCAUCAAGGUUGAGAUACACCAAUGUCAAGCGGCUUUUAAACAGACUUGUUUACAGCGUGUUACCCUGACAACAAAUCAGACGACUUACGUGUUCAGCAAUGAUGGCAAAGUGUAUUCUAGUGGACAAGCAAUUGGAAUUCCAAUGAAAACAGGUGAAAUAAUAAUAUUUCAGCAGUCCUCGAUGUACAUUCAAGUAGCAACGGCAUUUGGACUGAAGAUGCAAGUACAGACAGCACCUCUUAUGCAACUUUAUAUCUCACUGCCUGUGAAUGCAAAAGGAACCACGAGAGGUUUAUGUGGUACUUUCAAUGGCAAAGCGGAGGAUGACUUUCUAUCUGAACAGGGCAUCGUGGAGAGCACACCUAUUACUUUUGCUGAUUCCUGGAAAACUGAAGAUUGUUGCCUCGAACUGACAAUACCAUCCCCCUGUGUCAGCUCAGAAAAUGAAAACUAUGCCAAGUUACAUUGCUCUCAAUUAAAAGAUCCAGCAAGUGCUUUCUCCAUUUGCCAUUCAACAGUGGAUUACCUGAAAUACUAUCAAAUGUGCAUGGCUGCUACCUGUGCCUGUGAGAACAUCAACGAUUGCCUGUGUGGGGCAUUGGGAACCUACGUUCACGAGUGUGCUGCUAAUGGUAUCAUCGUGAGAAACUGGAGAAGAGACAUUUGCAGUAAACCGUGCACAAACACUCAGGUCUUUGAAAAUGACAUGAGAGCCUGUAACCGUACCUGUAGAUCACUAGCAGAGUACGAUUACACGUGUGAAGUCAAGGAUGUUCCUGUUUUUGGCUGUGGCUGUCCUGAAGGAAAGUACAUGGAUGGCACUGGAGCUUGUCUUGAUAAGUCAGACUGCCCUUGUUACAUUGGUGAAUUGGUUGUCAAUAAAGGACAAAGUAUGAUAGUGAAUGGUAGAAACUGCAAGUGUGAAAAUGGGAAACUUCAUUGUCCUAUCGCUCGUACAACAACCAGCAGAGAAUGUCUGAAUGGAAAACUAUACAAUGAUUGCUCCAAGAUGUUGGUAAAUAAACAGAGCAUUCAAAGAUCAUGCAGAACUCUGAAUAUUCCUCUUGCAAAUAGUCCGUGUAUUCCUGGCUGUGUCUGUCCUGCUGAUCUUGUGGAAGAUGACAAUGGAAGAUGCAUCCGUCCUGAGCAGUGCCCUUGUCUGUUUGGAGGAGAAAAGUAUCCUGCUGGAAAAAUAAUCCAGAAGGACUGCAAUCAAUGCACAUGCAAAACUGGAGUAUGGAAUUGCACUACAAACCGAUGUCCAAAGACCUGCCAGGUUUAUGGAGAUGGUCAAUACAUAACCUUUGAUGGAAGAAGAUACAUGUUUGAUGGCAAUUGUGAAUAUAUUUUUGUUGAGGACCACUGCAAUCAAGGAGAAGGAAUAUUCCAAAUAUUAACAGAAAGUGUUCCAUGUUGUGAAAAUGGUGUGACCUGCUCAAGGAACAUCAAAAUUUUAUUUGCGGAGGUAGAAUUCCUUCUUAAGGAUGAAAGGGUGAUAAGGACAGAUAAGUCUCGCCAAGCCCAGUGCCAAGAUCAUUCUUAUUCAUUUCACACCGUCGGACUCUAUUUAAUCCUUUCAUUUUCAAAUGGGAUCACUGUGAUAUGGGAUAGACACACAAGGGUUUCGAUAACACUGGACCCAAGAUGGAAGAACAAAGUAUGCGGACUGUGUGGGAAUUUCAAUGAUGAUGUUGCAGAUGAUCUAACAACAAAAGGAAAUUCUUUAGUGACUAACACUGCACAAUUUGGAAACAGUUGGAAAUCUUCACUGUCUUGUUCAGAUACAUUGAAUCAAACAUUCCCUUGUGACAGAAACCCAUACUGUUUAGCAUGGGCUCAGAGGAGAUGUGGCAUAAUGAAGGAUGAAAUGUUUCAAAAAUGCCACAAAAGGGUAAACCCAAUCCCAUACUAUGAUGCUUGUGUUCAAGAAGCUUGUGCCUGUGACAUGGAAGGAAAAUAUCUGGGUUUCUGCACUGCUGUAGCUGUGUAUGCAGAAGCUUGUAAUAAAGCUGGGGUCUGUAUUCAGUGGAGAACACCAGACUUGUGUCCUGUGUACUGUGACUAUUACAACUCUCCCAGUGAGUGCAGCUGGCACUAUCAGCCUUGUGGAACAAUAAGGACACAAACAUGUUCUGACCACUUCAUUGGAAAGAAAUAUUCUGCAGUUCUUGAAGGUUGUUAUGCAAGAUGCCCUGAGAAUGCUCCUUAUCUGGAUGAAAACAAAAUGAAAUGCGUUAACUUAACUGACUGUACUUGUUAUUAUAAUGGCAAAAUAUUGCAGCCAGGCAGUAGAACAAGGAAUGCUUGUGAAGAAUGUGAAUGCAAGAAUGGAAAAGUCACAUGCAGAGAAAUCACACCAACGGAAAUACCAACUACAUCAGUCACCAGCUACACACCUGAAACGACAGAAUCAAUGGAGGUAACAGCCGCAACCUCAUCAACCACCAGCUACAUAUCUGAAACAACAUCACCGACAGAGAUACAGACUGCAACAACAUCCACCACCAGCUACAUACCAGAAACAACCUCAACAACAGAGGUAUUGACUACAACUACCUCAACAAGCAGCUAUGCAGCUGAAACAACUCCACUGACGGAGAUACUAACCACAACAUCAUCUACUACCAGCUACGUAGCAGAAGUAAUAUCAACAACAGUGGUAGUGCCAACAACCAUAUCAAGUGCCAGCUUCUCCACUAAGGAGAGGUGUAAUGGUGUCUGGUCUUCUUGGUUUAAUGACCACACACCUUCUCUGGACAGUCCAGGUGAUGCUGAAUUACUGGACCCCAGGCGUGAUGAUCUGUGUCCUUCCUCUUCCUUUACAAUUACUGAAAUUCAGUGCCAAGUUUUUGAUUAUCCUGAGCAUCCACGAAAUGAAUUAACAGAGAACGUGACCUGUGACAAAAACAUAGGACUGAUCUGCAGAGUCACCCAAAGGAAAUCGAAGGAGGUCAAGUUAUGUUCUGACUAUCAAAUUAGAGUUUGCUGUGAGCUUCAAACAACAACUCUCAACACAUCAUCAACAACAACGAUUUCUGAAACAACAUCACCAACAGAGAUACUGACUGCAACGACAUCAACCAGCAGCUACACAACUGAAACAACAGCAACAACAGAGAUAUUGGCCAAAACCACAUCAAUCACCAACUACGUACCUGAAACAACAACAGAGAUACCAACUGAAACAACAUCAACCACCAGCAACACACUUGGAAGAUACACAACAGUGAUAACAACUGGGAAGCAAGCAAUUAGCACCACCACGAAUGAACUGCUUUGCAAUGGAGAAUGGUCACGCUGGUUUAACAGAAAUACACCAUCUAUUCAGAACAAAGGCGAUUCUGAACUAUUGGAAGAAUUACCACAAAGGCUGUGUCCUUUCUUCCCCUAUAAAAUAAGUAACAUCGAUUGUGAAGCUGUCAAGUUCCCACAGCAGCCAAUAAGUGAAACAAAGGACAUUGUUACUUGUGAUAUAAAGAAAGGACUGAUAUGCAAUUAUACUGAGCAGAGUCCCAAGAAUCACUUCAUGUGCUUGGACUAUAGAAUUAGAGUGUGCUGUGAGCCAACACAAAGUACAUCCACAACUGCUGCAUCCACAGUAAUACCCCCAGUCUCUGAGUCCAAAAUAGUUCCCACCAUCAAUGAGCCCAAAAUCAGUCAUGUCACAGUAGUACCUCCAGAAUCAUGUUGGUGCACUUCAGACCCACCAAGGAAGUGCUUGGAGUCAUGGAAGGAAAACUGCACAACAAUUACUUGUAUAAAAGGAGAUGUGUUUAAAAUAGAUCCCAUUGUCUGUCCAGAGUUGGUUAAACCGAUAUGUCAUAAUGAUAUUGAGCCUGUGAAAGUUCACACUGAAAACGGAUGUUGUGAGCAAUGGGAAUGUGACUGUGAAUGUGAAGUAUGGGGAGAUCCACAUUUUAAGACAUUUGGCGGCCUGUUGUACAACUUCUUUGAUAAUUGCACAUAUACGCUUGUGGAAGAAAAAGUUCCAAAGUACAAUUUCUCAGUUCUGGUGGAUAAUUAUUUUUGCCUCCCCCUCAUAAAAAAGUCAUGUCCAAAGGGCUUAAUUAUCUUUUACAAUGGAAAUGUUGUCCAUAUUUCAAAUGGGGAUGGAUAUAUGUUAACAGUCAAUGGAAAUAACGUGAGGCUUCCCUACAACUCAGAAGGAUUUCACAUUACUAAACUGGGCUGGAGCACACAUAUUUCUAUUCCUGACAUUCGAACAGAAAUUAUUGCUUUCCAGAAUGCCUUUAGGAUCAGAGUGCCUGAAAAAUACUUCAUUAAUAACACCCAAGGCCAAUGUGGAUCCUGCUCCUCAGACCAGUGUGUUAGAAAAAAUGGCAAGGUUGAGUCUUCUGACUGUUGUCACAAAACUGCAUUUGAUUGGAAAGUUGAUGAUCCCAAUAAACCUUACUGUCGAUCAGCUCCUACUAAUGUGCCCUGCACUUCAGCUUCUCCAACACCAGCAUGCCAAAGUGAGAGUGCAAUCUGUGAUAUCAUUCAAGAAGAGCCAUUUGAAAAAUGCAGAAGGAAGAUAGACCUUGAUAAGUUCGUGAAGACUUGUCUCUUUGACCAUUGUGCUCUCAAUUCCACUAUUGACUGCAGUAGCCUGGAAGCUGCUGCUUUGGCCUGUGCAAGUGUGGGUGUGUGUGUGGACUGGAGGAGUUCUGCAAAUGGAAUGUGCAAUUAUACCUGCGAUCAAGGUUUAGUGUACAAGCCAUGUGCGACCAAGAACGAUGACCAAUGUGAAAAUAAAGAGGUGAAAGUUGGAGAGAAGUUCAGCACAGCCGAGGAAGGCUGCUUUUGUCCAGAUGGAUUGAUUCUUUCAGAAGACAACUCCAAAUGUGUUCCUUUUUGUGAAGUUUGUCACGACUAUUUAGGACAGCCAAGAAAGGAUGGUGACUUAUGGGAAGAUCCUAAAGAUCCAUGCAUUUCAUAUUCAUGUACUCAGUUUGGUGUUUUCAUCAGAAAUAGGUCUUGCAUUCAGGAUGAAACCUGCCCUGAGUCUCACAGAACCUAUAUUGAUCGUUGCUGUUUUACAUGCAAUGAACAAGAUCUAUGCAGUAUCAGUAGCUUCAAUGAAACAAUAAUAAGCGGAACAUGCAAAGCAACUUUUGUAGCACACCAAUGUCAAGGACAUUGUUCAUCAGCAACUAGAUACGACGUCAAAAGAAACAGCAUGGUCCCCUCAUGCCGGUGCUGCAAAGAAGACUUAACUGAAAAGAGGGAAGUGAAAUUAUACUGUGAAAAUGGAAAAACCAAGAGCAUCAAUUAUGUUGCAAUCAAGUCCUGCAAAUGCCAAAACUGUGAAAAAUUUCAGUCCUAGCUGCUACACAUGUACAUCUACUGAACCAAGGAUCACAGCUUCAAAAACUCGUACGGAAAGCUUUCAAAUGCAAUAUUAAAAUCAAAUUUGAGAAAUUAUCCUGAUGAUAUAUAUUUUUAUAAAUUGAUUAUCUUCAAUCAAACAUAAUAAGAAUUUCUUAAAAGCUUAAGAUAUUGUUUCUGAUCAAGGCUCCUUUUUGGUGGUGGGAAGUGUUAAGAGUAUUUGCAGUUCUGAUAUUGUGUGUCCAUUGCAAUUUAUCUGAUCUGAAAUGAAAAUCAAUAAACUUAUCUGUAGAGCAUAAUUUCUCCCUCAAAUGCUUACAAAUAGAAUAUAUCAGUAUUCUAAUAGAGUACAGCCUAAAAGGGACAACAAGGUAAUCUCUGUGUAGAGCUGGAGGACCUAGGUAAAGAUCUUAAUGAAUAACUGUGACUAUCUUCAAAAAAGAGGGGGAUAAUUCUGAUGUAGUUAAAGAGGAAGAAUGUGAAGCACUGGAUGGAAUCAACAUGGGAAAAGUGAAAGCAUUAAAAGGGUUAAUAAAGUUGAUAAAUCAGUGGAUCUGACUGAGAUAUGUAUCCAGCAAAUUAAAAGAAGGAAGAGGAAAUAGCAGAGGCUCUGACCGUCAUUUUCCAAUCCACCCUUGCGAUAGACGUGAUUCCAGAGGAUUAGAACACUACCAACUUUGAAAAAGGGAGGAAGGAAUAAACUGAGUAAUUACAGGCCAGUUAGUUUAAAUUCAGUGGUGGGAAAACUAUUGGAAUCAACUCGAAGGGACAGUAUAAAUCCUCAUUUAGAAAGGCACCGAUUAAUCAGCUGUACUCAGCAUGAAUUUGUUAGGGGAAGGUUGUGUCUGAAUCAUGUUAUUAAAUAUUUUGACGAGAUAUCAAGAAUAGGGCAUUGAUGUAUGGAUUUCAGCAAGGCUUUUGACGAGGUCCCACAUAGCAAGUUGGUCGAAAAAGUAAAAAUCCAAGAGGGAGUGGUAAACUUGAUCAGAAAUUAGUUCAGUGACAUGAAACAAAGUGUAAUAAUUGAUGGGUGACUUUUUGACUGUUUUGAUGUUACCUGUGUGGCUCCAGAGGGGCCCUUGCUUGUAUAUUAAUUAUUUGGACCUGAAUGUAUGCAUUAUGAUAAGAAUGUUGUCAGAUGAUAUGAAAAUUGGCUGUAUGAUUGACUGUGAGGAGCAUCUAGAUGGUCUGGUCACUUGGGCAGAAAAAUGGUGCAUAGAAUUUAAUCCAGAGAAGAAUGAGGUAAUUCAUUCAGGAAGGUGCAGCAAGGCAAGAGACUUUGGAGUAUAUGUCCACAGAUCCUUAAAGGUAGGAGGACAGGUCGCUUUGGUGAUUGAGAAUGUAAAUGGGAUGUUUUGCUUCAACAACUGAAGUGUGGAAUACAAGCACAAGGAAGUUUACAUUAGAACAAUGUACAAUGCUACUGAGACCCAGUUUGAGUACUGUGACAGUUCUGGUCACUACACUACAAGAAAGUUAUGAUUACACCAGAGAGGGAGCAGAGAUUUGCAAGGAUAUUGCCAGAUCUGGAAAUUUUUGGCUAGGAAGAUAGAUUGGAUUAGCUACAAUUGUUUUUGUUAAAAUGAAGAGACUGGGAGGGGAUUCAUUUGAGAUGUAAAAAUUUGAGGGACCCAAAUAGAGUAAAUAGGAAGAACCCAUUUCCCACAGAAGGCUCAAAGAGCAGGGGGCAGAGAUUUGAAGUUAUUGGUAAGAGGAAUAAAGGGAGAAAUUGAGAUUUUUUUCAUUCAAUUUCAUUGGUGGGGGUCUGGAAUUCACUGCCUGAAGGAGUGGUAGAAGUAGAAGUCUUUAUCACAUUUAGCAACUGUUAAUGUAUACUUGAAGAGCUGUAACUUGCAGGGCUGUAAUUUGUAGGACUCCUAUUUUAAAAUUCAGGAUUACGAAAAGGAUCCCAUUGAGUCUAAUAAAAAUGAAAUACAUUUGUUUCAUCCCCCACUGUAAAGCUCUACAAAGUUAUUUGCAAUGCCUUUUCAUUACAAAGCCAAAAAUGAGAAAAUGGUUUUCAUUUGAUAAUGUCCAUGUAGGCCUGCGAUAUGCUUAACUGUUGGAAGUGAUUUAAGGCAACAUAAGCACUGUUCAGCUACCUCAGAUUGAUCAAAUGCAACAAUGAAAAUGAACCAAAAUGUU